UCUCUUCGUUCGGGCUAAAAUGUUCAAGUUUGGACGCACCUUAACAGUCAAUAGUUAAUUUAACGAGUAGAUAGAAAGGGCAACAUUGUUUGUUGAACGUUGACUGUUGACAUUUAACUCUUUUGUUAUAGGAGUGUAGGGAUCUAUUACAUGUUUUGUGAACAAGUGCACAGAACAGAGGGGUUUUGUGAGUGUAGGAGUAAGAGAGAGAUAGUCGUGUUUUGUGAAUAUAUAAGUUUAGUAUGUUUAUAAUUUUUAUCUGACAAAUUCAAUUUCAGUUUAUUGGUAAAAAUUGAGAUAUACAGAUAAAUUAUAAAAAUGUCUAAUAGUGAAAUCGAAGAAUUUAGAAAAGCUUUUUUAAAUGAUUUCUCAAAAAAGGGAAACGAUAGUGUUCACCCAAAGGAUUUGGAACGAGUAAAAACGGAUGAUGAUUGGUUACAAAGGUUUUUGUUACAUCAAGAAAAUAAUAUGCAAAAUGCUUUGAAUAUGUUAUGGGUCUCAUUAAAUUGGAGAAAAGAGAACAAUGUUAAUGAUAUAAAUGAGAAUACUGUUAAAAUGGAUAUUUUAUGUUCUGGCGCUUUCUUCCCACACGGAACUGAUAUAGAUGGCUGUGAAUUACUUAUAUUCAAAUGCAAACGUAAUAUAAAAGGAGGAGUUGACCAAAAUGAAGUAAGACGAUGUGUUAUUUAUUGGUUUGAACGGCUAGAAAGACAAACUAAAGGGAAAAAAAUUACAAUAUUUUUUGACAUGGAAGGUUGUGGCCUAAGUAAUAUGGAUAUGGACUUUAUCAAGUACCUUAUUGGCCUUUUUAAAGAGUAUUAUCCAUAUUUUUUGAACCUCAUAAUCAUUUUUGAAAUGCCUUGGGUCUUAUCAGCCGCCUUUAAAAUAGUAAAAUCAUGGUUGCCCGAAAAGGCCAUUGAAAAAAUUAAAUUUGUUAGCAAGAAAGAUAUUACAACUUAUGUGCCUCCUGAUCAAGCCUUAAAAUGCUGGGGUGGUGAAAAUGACUAUUCAUUUAGUUUUGUACCAGAAGUUAUACUUGAAAAUGGAAAGGUGGGAGGAACCGUUCCAUCAAACAAUAAUAAAAAAGUUCACUUUGUGGAUGGUUCAAUGUCAGAAGUAUCUGCAAGUAGUGUUGAAAAAGAUGUUGAUGGUGGUGCACUUAAAGUUACACCAUCAGGAAUCAUCACUUUUGUCAAAGAUGGCAAUGAACUGGUCAGUACCUUGGAACUGCAUAACAGCGAUUCCAAUAGUCACAUAUCUUAUAAGCUGAAAACCACGUCUCCAGAAAAAUUCCGAGUUAAACCUAGUACCGGUUGUUUGGCCCCAGGUGAAACUGCUAUAGUUACGGUGACUUUAUUGCAAGGAUUUCAGUUAGGUGGUUUAUCUCGUGACAAAUUCCUUGUUAUGAGUACUCAUGUCGAUCCUUCUGAUGUUAACAACAUUGACCUGUCGGAAUUAUGGAAGAAUACAUCUGGCAGAAAAAUAAACCAACACCGUUUAAAAUGCAUCCAAAGUGGAGAAGUUGUUAAAAAUGGUAACCCUGCAUUGGUUACGGGUGUACAGGAAGGUGAUAAUCACAAUUACAAUAAAUUGUCUGCCUCUGUGGCACAAUUGAAUUCUUGCCAGGUGGAACUACACAGGGCCAUAAAAACAACACAGUAUUAUCAGAUUGUUACUAUUUUUUUGGUUAUAUUGUUGGCUAUUUUUAUAAGUUAUAUACUUCGCAUUAAUCUUAAGGAAAUAUCUUCUUCCGGUUAUUGUAAGAGUGAAUACCAUCCGUAGCAAUAACCGUUGACUGCGGGGCCGACAGACGUUCAUUUAUGUUAUAGGGUAUUGCAGAUGUUGAUAUAUCGGUUGUUAUAUUUAUUUUGUAUCUUGAAAGAUUUUUUUUAUUAAUUUAGGCUCUGCAUAAGUUAAAAACUAUGAACAAUAAUUUGUUUAAAAAAAGUUAACUUUUUAAAUGAUUUCAAAUUCUGUUUUAUUUUCACAUUUUAUUCCUGUUUUAAAUAUCGUUAUUUUAUAUUAAAUUGUUUGUGAUGUGAGCAGUGAGUUUAAGCAUAUUUAUAUUUAUAAACUCUGUUCGUGUCAUAACUUAUCUGUAGUACAUUUAGGGAUACAAUCGUGUAUGAAUGAACUGAGCUGUAUAUACACUUCCAACUUGCCAAAACUGUUUUUAUUUAUAUCUUUUAAAAAAAUAUUUUUGUAUAGUAGCCUAAGUAUUAUUAAGUUUCCAUAAUUUACUAUAAUUUUUAGUAAAAGGUGAUACAGAUAGACUAGGCCUAAUUCCUAUAGCAUUUAAUAAAUUCCUACAUAAUU